AUGUCCAAGAGGUGCAGGGGCGUGCUUGGGAUCGGGCUGAUAAUUAGCAUUCUUGUUUCUUCAGUGUUUGGAGUUAAUGGUCUAUUAUACGAUUAUAGUUACAGUUCUGAGUGUUUGGCGACUCCGCUGAAACCUCAAUAUGGUGGAGGAAUGGUGGUGAACCCUGAGCUGAAUGAAGAAGGCUUGAAGGGAUGGUCAACCUUUGGUGAAGCGAAAUUGGCAAAGAGGGUUGACUCAGAAGAUGGCAACAACUACCUGGUGGCCUAUGAUCGGAAGGGAUCCAACGAUAGUUUGAAACAGGCAUUUGCAUUGGAGAAAGGGAAACUCUAUGUUAUUUCUGCAUGGUUACAGGUUAGCCACGGGGUAUCGCCAAUCACCGCGGCAUUCAAAACAUCGACCGGCAAUAUCACGCUUGCAGGCACCGUCAUUACUCGUUCCGGCUGCUGGUCCAUGCUGAAAGGUGGGAUAACUCCGAAUGCUUCCACUUCUGGAGUUGCCGAGCUCUAUUUCCUGAGUGAAGAUGCAACUGUUGACAUAUGGGCGGAUAGCAUUUCUCUGCAACCAUUUACUCAGGCGGAGUGGGAGUCACAUCAGAUCCAAAGCGCUGAAAAGAUACGAAAGAGCCGAGUUAGAUUCCAAGCAGUUGAUCCUCAUGGCCAGCCAUUAGCAAACACGAAUAUCUCCAUAACACAGACCAACGCAGCUUUCCCAGUGGGGAGUGCCAUCAACGCAAACAUUCGGAACAAUCAAGCCUACCAAAGUUGGUUCACUUCAAGAUUCAAAUAUACCGUCUUCGAGAACGAAAUGAAAUGGAACUACAAUGAAAAGAUCCAAGGUCAAGAAGAUUACUCCGACCCAGAUGCAAUGAUGCAAUUCGCCAAGAGCAACGGCGUUUCGGUCCGCGGACACAACAUUUUCUGGGAUGAUUCUACUUACAAUCCGACUUGGGUCACAACCCUUUCUCCGGCGGAUCUCAAAAAAGCCGCCGACAAAAGGAUCAAUUCCAUUGUCAAAAGAUACAAGGGACAGGUCAUUCACUGGGACGUUGUUAAUGAAAAUCUAAACCACGAUUUCAUGGAAGGUAAACUUGGACCAAAAGUCACAGAUGCAUAUUAUCAAACAGCUCGUGCGUAUGAUCCAGAUGCAACCCCUUUUCUGAAUGAUUUUAGCACCAUCGAAAAUAAUCAGAAAGAUCAAAAAGCAAGUCCAGCUAAUUAUAAGAAGAAAAUUAUGGAAAUACGUCAAGAUGGGAACUACAAAGGUCCUCUUGGAAUCGGGCUCCAGGGACACUUUGGCAUUCCAGACGUUGCUUACAUAAGAGCCUCUCUGGAUAUGCUUGCCACGGAAAAAUUACCCAUCUGGAUUACUGAAUUGGAUAUCUCCAAAAGUCAAAAUCAGGCAAGAUACCUGAAUCAAACCAUGAAGGAGCUCCAUUCACAUCCGGCUGUAAAUGCUAUUGUUUUGUGGACUGCUUGGUCUCCCAGUGGGUGCUACGAAAUGUGCUUAACAGACAACACUUUCAAGAACCUUCCCGCCGGAGAUGUCGUCGACAAAAUCCUUGGAGAAUGGAAAAUGCUAGACGGAUUAACUGGCACCACAGAUGCUAAUGGCUAUUUUGAAACGUCACUUCACCAUGGAGAUUAUCAAGUCCAAAUCAAUCAUCCGGAGGAGGAUCAGCUGAUGAGUUCAUUCUCCUCACCAUCCAUCAACUUUAAGGUGGCUCCGACAACAAACCACGAAAUGCUGAAUGUCAAACUCCCCACCUUAAGUACUUAAGAAAGAUCCAUGCAUAAAUUCAUACAUAUAUAUCUAUACAUAAAAAUAAUUUCAAGUGACUAUUAGUACUAUGUUACUAAAGUACGGAAUAUUUUAAUUUGUACGGACCUCAUGAAAUGAAUCAAAUAUCAAUCUUGUAGCAAGCGAGUUUCUGAAAUCAUACGAACAAAAUGAACGACUUGAAUGGUACUAUUAUAUAUAUCAAGGAGCAUGGAAAUUAAUCACCAUUUCUUCAAUAAAUAAUAUCUUACAUUAGAUAUAUAUAUAUACUUACAUAAUUACUCAUGGAAUGCAUUCUUACACAAACCAGUCGAAAAAAUGAAUAAAAAGAAAUUACUGACAAUUUGCGUAGUUAUGCAUACUAUAUAUAUAGGUUGCUCCAAACAAACUGACAAACUGAAUCUGGAACAGAGGGGGAUCUCGCAUGCAUUGAGACAGUGGCAGACUCCGGCCUAAUGACCGAUUCGAAGUUUAAAAGAAUCUGUAAGAUCUUGAUCUCCUUCUGCUUCUUCUAGACCUUCUUCUUCCAGAUACAAAGCAUGAAACCGCAGCCAUGAUCACCGACACCGCGAAGAAACUCAGGUCCUCAAAAAUGGCUGCAAAUCGCAUCUCUUGAAGUUGCCAUAUGGUGUUUGCAACGUAGUGCAGCCCAUCCAAUAUCAUCAUCAAAUCAACCAUUUUUUUAAUGUUUUUCCCCCCCUUUUUGACGAACCUUUUCUUCUUCCAGUUCCGGUUAUCAACAACUCAAGAAAAUGAAGGGAAAAAAAAAUGCACAGUUUGGUAGUGAAAGGCAGAGCAGAGAAGAGAACCGAGGGUAUAUAAAUG